AUGGGAACCAGCAGCGAUGUUAUAGUCCAUUUCCAGAACAGGUCGGACAGGCAGGCUCUCAUGUCGGCGGUACAUCACAAGUCACCCUACCACUUCGAGGAGCAUGCACUAAACUUCUACCAAGAUCUGUCCAGAGCCACAAUGGUCUGGUUGAGGUCCAUGCGACCCUUAACUGCCGAGCUAAUAAAGCACCGGAUACCCUACAAAUGGGGCUCUCCCAGGAGUCUGCUGGUUCCCCACGAUACUGGGACUUUGAAAAUUACCGAUGCCUCUGAAGCGGCCGGAACUCUGAGGAUUCUGGGGCUGUCUACGCACACCAGAGAACAACAGCAGCCAGGAGCACCCCCGCAGCAUACAGCUUGGGAUCCUGCCAGGGUCCAUCUGUUCAUGUCUGCCGCCACUAAGUGGGUACACUCCCAUCCUAUGUCCUUACUACAACACAGGGCACAACGCCAACCUACCCAUCUGCAAUAUUUGACCCACCUUGCAAGCUCCUGUAGUGAAUGGUUGGCACUGUUUAACAGCUUAUAUAUUUUAUUACUUUUUUAUAUUUUUUAUUGCUAUUAAAAGCUUAAUCCUCAUGCCCAAACUGCUACUGCCAUGGCUAGGCACAAAUGUAUUGUGAUGUCUCAAACCUUGUUACUUAUUGUUCUCUACAUUGUGCACUACCAGUAAAAUUUUGUGGAUUUAGAAUAAAAAAUUUUUAUUUAUUUUUUAAAAAAGGGCUUAAUACAAUUUGGAAUGGAGUAAAGACAUGUUGGGGCUUCAUGACAAAUCCUGUUAUGUCGGAUUGAUUUCCUGGCUGCUAUCAAACUAUUUGUUUGAAUUUUAGUUUGGUAAAAUGCCCUACAGUGCAGCCCCUGGUAUAAUUGGGGAUUGACCGUAAUUGGGUGGUAGUAGUAAGUUGUUGUUAUUUUACUUCAGAAUUGAGAAAUUUGUUUACACAAUUAAAAACAGUGACCCAUAUCCGACUGCAUAUGAGGCAUUGUGGGGUCUCCCUGCGUUUCAGUUAUACUAUAUCUAUGGGGACUGGUAAGCGUGCCGGACGCUUUGUAAGUCUAUUUCUUGUCAUAUGUAAAUCGGAAGCAAUGUAUUUGUUGGGGAUGUGAUUCUAAGGUGUUCCCUCUAUGUGUUCCUUUGUCUGUGGAAUAAUAAAGUUGCAGCCUCACCUCUUCCUCAGUUGCAUGUUGAGCAGUGAAGUGUUAAACAUAUGUGUUGUGUUCCUCCAUUUUUGCUAUUCUACCCGCAGUAUGCAGAUUGCAACAGUUUUACGUAGAUUAUUUAUUUUGAAUUUUUAUUUCAUUCUUAAGGCUUAGCGAAAAUAGUAUCAAAUACAAUGGGCUCCGGCACCUAGCACAGCACCUUUGCACCUGCACCCUCAUCGAAGCCAUUGAGUAAGUUAAUUAUUCAUUUAUUUUUUAUUAUAAUGUUAAAGAGUGUCAAAACAAUCACUGUAUGCUAUCCUGUAUAUUAAUUAUAUUAACAUUAUUCCAUGAACUUUAUACUACUUUGCAUAUUAAGUUAUACAAAACAAUGUAACACACAGAGUUUAAUUCUCACUAUUUUGAAGUUAUAUGACAGUUUAUCUACAUGUCUGUCUGUCCGUCCAAUCAUCCAACAAUACGCUCGCUUCUCCCUCCCCAUCGAGCCUGUUUCAGAUAUUCACAACAGCAGAUCAGUAGCCAUAAAUCUAUAGCUUUCUACUUAUUUGGGCUAUUGAUCCCCCUUUCUCAAAAUCACACACAGUGUCCAUCUUAGUCCUACUCACUUCUAUAGACUGGCAUGCCUUCAAACGGCUAGCUACAAUUCCUGCCCAACAAGUAGAAAGCUUAAAGCACCGUUCCAGAUACCUAAACACUUUAGCUUCCUGAAAUCCUUUACACUGAUCAACCACAAAAUUAAAACCACUGACAGGGGAAGUGAUUGUAUUGUUACAGUGGCACUUGUCAAGGGGUGGGAUUUAUUAGGCAGCAAGUGAACAGUUCUUGAAUUUCAUGUGUUGGAAGCAGGAAAAAUGGGCAAGUGGAAAGAUCUGAGUGACUUUGACCAGGUCCAAAUAGUGAUAGCUAGAAGACUGGGACAAAGCAUCUCCAUAACGGCAAGUUUUGUGGGGUGUUCCCGGAAUGCAGUGGUUAGUACCUACCAAAAGUGGUGCAAGGAAGGACAAACAAUGAACUGUCAUCAGAGUCAUGGGCGCCCAAGGCUCAUUGAUUCACAUGGGGAGCAAAGAUCAGCCCGUCUGGUCCGAUCGCACAGAAAAGGUGUUGUAGCUCAAAUUGCUGGGAAACGUAAUGCUGGCCAUGAUAGAAAGAUGUAAGAACACACAAUAUAUCACAGUUUGUUGCAUAUGGAGCUGCAGACUGGUUAGAGUGCCCAUAAUUAGCCCUGUCCACUGCCAAAAGCACCUUCAAUGGGGACCUUCAGAACUGGACCUUGAAGCAUCGAAUAAAGGCUGCCUGGUUACACGAAUCACAUUUUCUUUUAGAUCAGGUGGCUGGCCGGGUACGUGUGUUUACCUGGGGAAGAGAUAGCAGCAGGAUGCACUAUGGAAAGAAGGAAGGCUGGCAGAGGCAGAGUUAUGCUCUACUUGGAAACCUUGGAUCAUGGCAUUCAUGUGGAUGUUACCUUGACACCAUCUACCUAAAUAUGGUUGCAGACGACAUACACCCCUUCAUAGAAAUGGUGUUCCCUGAUGGCAGUAGCUUCUUUCAUCAGGAUAAUGCACCCUGUCACACUGCAAAAAUUGCUCGAGGAAUGGUUUGUGGAACAUGACAAGGAGUUCAUGGUGUUUUCUUGGCCUCGAAAUUCCCCAGAUCUCAAUCCAAAUGAGUACCUGUGGAGGUUCUACGUUGAAACUUGCAGGACUUGAAGGAUCUGUUGCUAAUGUCUUGGUGCCAGAUACCACAGGACAUGUUCAAAGGUCUUGAGGAGUCCAGGAGCCUCAAUGAAUCAGAGCUGUUUUGGCAGCACAAGGGGCAUCUACACUAUAUUAGGCAGGUGGUGUUAUUGUUGUGGCUGAUCAGUGUAUAUGUGAAGCGUAUGCCCUUUUUUAAUAUCACAGAAAUUGGCACUUUUAUAAAUAAACUUGGGUACACACCCCCUGGCUGUCAAUCCAAGAAAAUUGGUCAUGCUACAUUGAGAUUGUUUAGCUCAGUGGAGCUGAACUCAAGAGGCAGGUAAUUAACCAAGCACUUGCAGCCCCUGCUGCCAGCCAGACAUAAAUUUCCUUUGCUUAUUAGGGGGAGCAUUUACCCUUUAAUCUCCUCCCCCAUCCACCUAUUGGAAUUUAAUUUCAUUUCACAGUGUUCACAAAUCCAGUAUCAAAAUGUCUCGUUAAAAUUGUAAUAUUGGUACUCUUGUCUUUGCAGCUUAAGUUCCAAUAGCAUUGAUAAUGCUGGUGUGGAAACAUUGUCUGGAGUGUUAUCCAAAUUUAAGAAUUUGAAGAAAAUCAUGUGA